AUGACAAUCUCAUUGGAUGUUUCAAAGGCACUGGACUCCAGAGUUAAAGCUGAAAAUGGCACCUUCAAAGGAGUCUCUUAUACUACCUUUUACACAUCAGAAGAGGGUGUUAUAGACAAGAUAUCCAGUGGCAAACUUACUGUAUGGGAACCUGAGGAGGAUGAGGUCUGUAUCUAUGGUCGUCUUUAUCUGGACAAUGGACCCAAGCUUCUCAAGAUCCGUACUGUUGGCAAGGAUGGAAGUAACAUUGUACACCUUGCAUUUGAUACUGACAAGUGGAUAUGUCUCAGUCAGGAUGUAUUCAAUGAUAGACUUAACUUGAUGGUCCUAAAGUUGACUGAACCACUUAACUUUGCCUUGACUACCACAACUGAUGGAUACUAUGAAUACACUUUUGACUUGACUAGAUACCACCUAGACUCUAGAUUUAACUCUGGUUUCAUGACAUAUCAAGGUCAUAAGUAUGCUGUUUGUACUCCCAAGAACGGUGUCAUAAAGAAGGUGAUUCAAGGUAGUAUUACCAUAUGGACCCCGUCCUCAGAUGACUACUAUGCUAGCAUGGUACUCCUCUCCAGGGACACUCAUCUCUACAUUCUUGUUCAGUCAUCAUUCAACAUUCCUGCCAUAUUGUCUUAUAAUCUGAAGAACAAUGUUUGGAACAUGGUAAACCAUGAAGCUAUUUCUACCGACAUUACCAAGACACUCCCAAUCCCAUCCUUCAGAUUUACACUUGACCUAGCUGGAAAACAUGACUCGGGGAAGUACAGGGUGUUUAAGAUGGACAUAAAUGGUGUUACUACCACAGUCUUCAUUACUAUCUACGGAUACUACUUUGACAAGGUGGUCUCUGGUAAGGACCUAAUAUGGCAGUCGUCUGAGAAUGAGGAAUGUAGGUAUCUAAUGUUCCAUGACAAGUCUGGAAAGAACCCAUUUAUAACAGUCUUUGUGGACUGUAUGGAUGAAUCCAAGUUCAUGGUCUAUGAGAUGAGGGACAAGUGGACAUUCUCCCACCAGUUACUCGGACCAAAGAAUGACCAUAAGACUACUACUUCUAUUGUAUUCAACCUAAGUGACAAGACUCCUCAGAAUGUGUACUUCUGUGACAACGUCUUCAAUGGUAUAGUACACAGAGCCUUCUCACCAUUACCUGGCUACCAUGUUCAGGAGGUAAAGGACACUGAGACUACCAUAUGGCAGGCAGAGGAUAAGGAGCAAUGUAUAUUCAUUCUCUCUGUACCGGGUACUAAUAAGAGCAAAGUUCCACUACUAAGUCUCUUUAUAAGGAAUGAGGACUACUGUGGUUUCAAACACUUUGAGAAGACUGAUAAGUGGAGACAUAUUGAUGAACGUGGUUAUGACAAGAGACUCAUUGAGAAGAAGCAGGCUAACAAUGUGACUACUGCUGUUGCCAUAGCUACUAUACCUCAGUACAAGAAUGCAGUUACUCUUGACACAGUCAAUGUCGACCAUGAUAGAGUUGAUCUCCAUGAAGACUCCUUGAAUGGUACCAGACGUCUCUACUCUGCCAAGACAGGGGACUACUUUAAUAGCUUAUCGGACAAUAGCAAGAGUGUUUGGAAGAGUGACAAGGACAAGUGUAUUAGUGUAGCCAUUUAUGGAAAGGAUGACCUACACUGUCGUCUGGAUGUACUCUCCUCGGAUGUCAUAACUCCAGUGUACUUUUGCAGAAAAGCUGGCAACUGGUCCUCCACUAAUUACAAUACCUUCCAUGACUGGCUAAGAAACUAUGUCAAGACUCCUAGAAUUAAACUUGAUCUUGGUAACCUUGACACUAACUUCUUUGAGAGUUUCAGGUAUACUCAGAACGGCUAUGAGAUACUGUAUGGAAGACCGCUACCUGGUUAUGUACUGACUACAGUUGUCGAUGGUUCUACAGAAGUUUGGGAAGCUGGACAUAACCAAUAUGCUACAGAGUUUCAGAUGUCAAUAAUUGGUGACUAUAUACUUCUGUCCAUCAUCAACCAUUCCUACCAGGUUGAGAAUCUUUGCUUCCUAAAGUCUUCAAACACUUGGUCACUCAUUGAUGAGGACGUAUAUGAUCAGUAUCUAGUUCCUGUUAAUGACUCUGAAAGAGUACAAGAUAUGCAACUUGAUCUAACAAGGCCAGACGUUGAUAUUGUUACUGGACAUAAAGAUGUGAUGGGAGAUGUUACCAUACUAAGAUACACUCCACAUCUUGGCAGAUAUGUUACUGCAGUUGUAUUUGGGGAGUCUACCAUAUGGUAUAGGAAAUACCAUGACGAAUACUGCAUCUCAUCUGAGCAUAUCACCAAGGGUACCUCUACAUUCGUUAGACUACUCCUCAAGAUGGGAAACUCUUUUGAACAUCGCUACUUUACAAAGGUGGAAGGUAGAUGGGUUACUCUCAAGGAAGAUGAAUUUAAGAACAGACUUGGUAUACAGGAUGUAGGUGUAAAGAUUGAUGCAAAGUCUAUUCUAGGGGAUAGUGAGUCUGACCCUAACGUAUAUACACUGGAUAUUUCUGGAGAUGUAGAUAGGGAUAAGAUUACUGCUACUGAGACUAUAUCCGAGGAGGUCAAGAGCGUCACAUAUUCACCCAAGUUUAUUGCUGGAAUUGGUAGGAUAGUAGACUCUGAUGGCAUAGUUUGGAUGGGAGCUUCUGACCAAAAAUGUGUUACUGCCGUUAUAUCUUCAAAGGAUGGAUAUGAUUCACUCAUUAGCCUCUCCAUCAACACUGAUACUGAGGUACGGUACAAGUACCUGGUUAAGAAGGACAAGGAAUGGUAUCUCAUUAGAAAGACCAAGUAUGAUGAGCUGUUGACUACAAUGUAUAGAUAUUCUCUUGUAACACAUACGGAUACUACUUUUGAUAAUCCUAUAACUCUAGAUAUAUCGACCAAGCCUACUGGAGAUCUUGCCUUCUAUGAGUAUACCUAUAAUGAUGUCAUAUACAAGACCUUCAAACCAAAGGAUGACAGGUCCAUUUUGGAAGUUGUGGAUGGUAAAAGCGUGUUAUGGAAGAGCUCAUCUGGAAAAUGUAUCAAUGCUUGGACCUACUCAACGGAUGUAUCCUCUCUAUGUCGUCUCGACAUUCUUUCCUCUGGUAUCAUUACUCCUCACUGCUUUGAGAAGAAAGGUAAUAUCUGGAUAUCACUGGAUUUUAGACGAUAUACUGAAAAGCUGAAGAAACUUGUAAGAUACAGAUCCACAGAGAUCAGAAUUGACUUUUCUGGAAUCUCUAGAGAUCUUGGCACCGUAGUAGAAUAUUUUGAUGCCGGAGUAUUAACUACCACAGUAAUUCCUAGGUUUAAAGUUACAGGUGUAUAUCAUGAUAACAAAAGGAUAUGGGAGGCUGGAAAUAAUGAAUGUAGUUUUGCACACUUUGCAAGUGAUGGACACAAGCAUUUAUCUUACCUCUUUACACCCACUAGCCCUGGUGAUACAACAUCUGUAUCCUUCAAAUAUGAUAAUAUGUGGAUAAGUACUAAUCCUUAUAAUUUUUAUCAUGACCAUUAUGCACUGUCUCCCCUUCCUGAUAGAGUAUUUAAUGGUAAACUAGUUGAUACAACAUUCGAUAUCAAUAACAUUAGCGAACAUGCCUUUAAAAUUUACAAUUACAGUGACAAAACAGUCACUAGAUUUGAAUAUCAAACACCUAUGAAUGCUAAUGUUACAAGGGUUAUAGAUGGAGUAAAGAUGGCUAUUUGGCAAGGUGAUGAGGAUGAUAGAUGCUUGUCAUGUGAAGUUUAUUCAAGAGAGGGACACCCUCCAGUAAUGAAGUUGAUUAUAAAAAAUCACUAUGGAUUAAAUAUAUACUAUUUUGAAAGAGUGAAUAAUGAAUGGAAUGAGAUCAACCGGAAUAUAUUUAAUCUUAGACUAGCCUCUUUAAGCAACAACUCACGUUUACAGUUGCUAAAGGACAGACUUGUGGAUACAUCUGAAAAUUCAGAUGUAUUCGAUAGAAAGACUUCUUAUACUUCAGAAGAAAUAAAUAUGCUUUAUCUGAACCAGUGGUUACUAAGUCAUGUACCUCACUGGGUAUUGGAUCAAUUCAAGACCUUUUAUCCAAAAGGUUGGUUCUCUAGGUAG